UCCAGUCUCUCCAGUCGGAGAAGGAGGAGGAGGAGGAGGAGGAGGAGGCAGACUCAAAACAGAGGAAGGCGCUCUCGUGCGGCGUCUUAACGACGAGCCCAACUCGCGUUAAGGAAACAUUUUUUACAUUUUUUUUUUGCAAAUCGACUUUUAUUUUGCUAUUUUCCAAAAAGGCGUAACGUUCCCCGGGUCGUCAGCUAUGAAGUCGUCCACCAGUCGCCCCUCCGGAGUGGGAAGAAACCCCUUCGUGCACGAGCCGGAGUUCACCGUGGCCGAGACGAUACAGAUAGGACUGAUGUCGGUUACGGUGUUUCCGGUGCGGCUGCUGCUGGUGUCCUUCCUCAUGCUGCUGGGGUGGCCUUUCGCCUUCGCAGCCUCCCUGGGGCGAUCUGAUUACGUCAUCGAGCCACAGUCGUGGUGGAUGAGGUUCAUAGACCUGAGUCUCCGCGUGAUCAUGCGAGCCAUGUGGUUCUGCGGAGGUUUCCAUUGGAUCAAAGUGAAAGGAAAGCGGGCGGCGGCCUCCGAGGCGCCCAUCCUCACCGUGGCGCCGCACUCCUCCUACUUCGAUGCCAUCCCCAUCACCAUGACGAUGUGCUCCAUCCUCACCAAACUGGAGAGUCGCAGCAUUCCCGUCUGGGGCACUCUGAUCAGCUACAUCCGGCCCGUCUUUGUGUUCCGGUCGGAUCAGGACUCCAGAAGAAGAACCGUGGAGGAGAUCAAGCGGAGAGCCCGGUCCGGAGGGGAGUGGCCUCAGAUCAUGAUUUUCCCAGAGGGGACGUGCACCAACAGGUCGGGGCUCAUCUUGUUCAAGGCCGGCGCGUUCAUACCAGGACUCCCAGUGCAGCCUGUGGUGCUGCGCUACCCAAACAAACUGGAUACCAUUACAUGGACGUGGCAAGGUCCCGGAGCGUUCAAGAUCCUGUGGCUCACUCUGUGCCAACCUCACAACGCCAUGGAGAUAGAGUACCUGCCCAUUUACUCGCCGUCCGCCGAGGAGAAGGAGAGCCCCGCCCUCUUUGCCACCAACGUCAGAAAGAUCAUGGCCAAGGCUCUGGAGCUCCCCCUAGUGGACCUGUCCUUCGACGACCGUGAGAUCAGCCUGUCCCGGGGCCCGCUGCGCAUCCGUGACUGCAGCAGCCUGCUCCAGUUCCACCAGCGCGUGUGCCGCCUGGGGCUGAGAGCAGGAAGGACGGGCGACGUGCUGGAGGAGCAGGCCAGAAGAGCCCGGAAGCUGCAGGGAGACGGGCUGAGUUUGGAGGGCUUUGCCCAGUUCCUCAACCUGCCAGUUACAGACACGCUCACACAAGUCCACAGCCUCUUCGACCAGCACGGAGACGGACAGAUAGACGUCCGGCUCCACGUCGUGGCUCUGUCGACCGUCCAUCGACCCCUGAGGUCAAUGGAGACCCUCAAACUGGCCUUCACGAUGUACGAGGAGAACGGGUACGUCCGACGAGAGGACCUCGCCGCCAUCUUUGAAAUAAUGUUGGGAGUGAGAAAGGUGGAACUUUCAGCUCUUUUUUCGUCGCUCGACGGAUCCGACGCCGCGAAGAUCACAUACGAUGAACUUCAUCAUUUCAUAGAGCAGCACCCGUUCUUCGUCCAGGAUUACCUCGAUUUUGAAAACCACCCGCGCAGCCGGCCGAAGGGCUGCAACGGCCACAGCAAAGACGACUGAAGAGCGGUGGGGGCCGCAUCGCAACCCCUCUUUAUUGACCUCCUCUCUCUCUCUCUCUCUCUCUCUCUCUCUCUCUCUCUCUCUCUGCCUCUCUCCGAUGUAACGGCGUCUCCAAAAUAAUGCAGCUUCCCGACCACCUCUGUGCCUUCGAGGAAGACAAAAAGGGCCUCGGCGGAGUGACACGUGGCUGUGAAGGAAACGACGAGGACGGAUCCGUGCUGCACAGAUGAUGAUUUUUUUUUUUUUUUUUUGCAUCCUUAUCCACAUGUUGAAUGAAAUAAAACACAUUUAGUUUCUUGUUUUUUUUUUCUCUUCAGGUGUUUUAUUUAUUUUUUACAUUUAUUUUUCUUAUGUUUGACGUACAACAUAUUUAGGAAUUUAUGUUGAUAAAAAGGGGAUGGUUUUUCUUUUAUUUCUUUUAUUUUUUUUCUGCCUCUUCAUAGACGUAGUGUAACUUCAACUUCAGGUAAAAAAAAAAAAAUGAAAAGGAUCAGGAUACAUCAUCAUGCGGCCAUUGUGUGAGAAAUAACUCUCCGGAGCGUAAUCCAAUGACAUCAUUCCUUCAAGCAGCGGUGUCACUGCCACAGAUGUAAACAAAGGACUUGUGACGAGGACCAGGAAGUGACUUAUUGUAUUUUCAUGUGAAUAAGAAUCAAAUCUAUCAGCUAUGUUUUUUUUUAAUUAUUAUUAAUAUUAUUAUUGUAUUAUUUGGUAAUGUUUUUUUUUUUUCAAAUGUCCAGAGAAAAAAAACAUUUAAGCGGGUGGAUUUCGAGCUACGAAUCCUUCUGUUGACCCUCUAACAGACAGAUAUUACACAUAUAUGCUUCUCAAUCUUUCUGAGAUCAUGUUUCAAGAUUUAAAUAUUAGGUGUACAUAUUUACCUCAGCUGGUUCUCCCUGGACUCACACAUUUUUGUACCUCAUGUCUGUUUAUACCUCUGUAAAGUGUCAUUUUUUUGUUCAAUCGGAGACUUACAUGGAGCUAUCAAAGCUCCUUAUUUUAAUUAAAGACAAAAGAAGUGUUGUCAC